UGUUCUACCUGUAAGGCCUACUGAUUCGGAGGCUAAAACAUCCUUCUCAGUUUUUUCAUGUUUCCGCAUUCCAUCACUGCAAACCCCCCCCCCACCUUAGUAUCCUGGGAGACAGGGCCUAGGUGGUUGAAACCAUUACCUGACUUCCUCCUCAAGUUGAACGUCACUCCCACUUAGCCCAGAAGGGAGCCAGUGGUGUGCUGUUCCCAGGCUUUUACGUUGUAGGAUGCUUUGAGGCCUCCUGACCUGAACACAGACACAGAUGGCAGAAAGCUCUACAGCAAGAGGAGCUCUCCAGGACCAAGGAACAGCCACGGGGGCACCAAAGGCAGCAUCAGGACCUCAACCAAGGAGACGGCGGGGCCAAUGCCUUGCAUGUGAGCUUGUGCCGUGUUUUCCCCCCAUCGUAGGCAUGGAUGGGAAGAAAUGCAGCGUAUGGAUGUUCUUACCUCUUGUGUUGACAUUGUUUACCUCAGCGGGAUUGUGGAUUGUAUAUUUUAUAGCAGUAGAAGACAACAACAUUAUUCCGCUAAAUGUGCUGGACAGGAAACCAGGUCCCCAAAAGCCUCCUUAUAUAAGUAUUGCAGGUGAUGCCCCUCCUGCAAGCUGUGUGUUUAGCCAAGUCAUGAACAUGGCAGCAUUUCUAGCACUUGUCGUGGCUGUCCUCCGCUUUAUUCAGCUAAAGCCAAAAGUUUUGAAUCCUUGGCUCAAUGUGAGCGGGCUGGUGGCGUUAUGCUUGGCCUCCUUUGGAAUGACUUUACUGGGCAACUUCCAGCUUUCCAACGAUGAAGAAAUUCAUAAUGUCGGCACAUCCCUGACCUUUGGCUUCGGGACCCUGGCCUGCUGGAUUCAGUCUGCCCUAACACUCAAAAUAAACUUGAAGAAUGAAGGAAGGAAAGCUGGAAUCCCACGAGUUGUCUUGUCAGCAGCGAUAACCCUCUGCGUCGUCCUUUAUUUCAUCUUGAUGGCCCAGAAGUUCCACAUGCAUGCAGCGCGGAUACAGUGGGGAAUGGUGAUGUGCUUCCUCUGCUACUUUGGCUCCUUUGCUGUGGAGUUCAGACACUACCGGUUUGAGAUAAUUUGCUCCGAGUACCAGGAGAACUUCCUCAGCUUUUCCGAAAGCCUCUCCGAAGCAUCCGAGUACCAAACAGAUCAGGUGUAACCCAGCCUGCCUUCAGUCUCUCUUUCUCUUUUUGUCAUGGUGUUGGGUGCUUGUAGUCACAUGGUUGAACCCAUGGCCCCAUUCCCCACCUUAAUUUUUUAAAAACUUUUCCCCACACCUACUACCACAAGUAAGUUGCCAAAAAAUGUUGGGUUUUUUUGAGGCAGAACUAGGCAUUACAAGAGCCCCAGAGCUGCUACCGCCCUCUGUGCCUCUUCUCCUCCACUUCCUCAUAAUGUCUUUUGCAACACAAAGUGCAAUACGAUAUCAGCCUGUGCAUCUUCUCCCCACCCACCUCUUAUUGUUGGCAGAAGUGUGGAAACACACCGUGUGACGACACCAUAUUUUACAUCAUGUUGGAGAUGUUACAAGGAAGAGGCAGAAAAGGGAUAUGGAGCAGCUUGUAGUUCUUGUGAGAGCUAGUUCCGCCCUGAAGGUACCAGUUUCCCUGGUGCCAUGGGAGUGGGAGCAGGCGACUGCCUUUUCUAGGGGCCUUUCCUGCAGGUCAGAGUUUGCACUUGGGAGUGCGGGAAACAGAUGCACAGACAGACCCAGUGCAGUCUUGUUCUAAAAUGAGUUACAGGUGCACCAAAGAAUUUACUCCAUCUUUCACAGACACCCUCAGUCUGCGUCAGGCCCUGCAAUCUAGGCGUUCCUCCUUUCUGGAUCUGUUGCCGGAUUGGGAGGCUUGGAAAAUGCAGCUUCUAGUGAUCAUUUGCAUCCAUUCCUGUCUUACACACACACACACGUCCUUCCCUGGCUUGUUGCAGCAAGCAGGUAUCUGAAUGCCAUACAGCAGGAGGGGAGGCUGCUGACAGAAGGUGUGUGUGCAUGUGCGUGGGGUGAGGAGAAGCCACAGCUGCUUUGCCUCCUGCUUCAGCGACCGUUUAAAGGUUCUCUCCAGGUUGCAGUCUGCUCAACCCUAUUGCAUUUCCUCCCUCCUUACUGCAUGGCAGGAACCUUUUAAAAGCAGAGGAGCCUUGAUGGAGGGGGAAAAGCUGGUAAUCCUAGAAGCAGCCUAAUUUACUAAAGCACCAGGGCAAGAGGGAGAUGGCACCUCUCACUCUUCUCCCUAAACUCAGGGGUUAGGAUUGUCAGCUUUUUCUUAAUGUUAAGUCUCUUGUGCUUUAAGAAUUGCCUGCCAUGCCGAAAUAUAUCAGUUGAUGCUUUGCUGGCAACAAGAGACAAAUCAAGUUCAUCUGUGGAAUGUUUGCAUUUCAGGCAGCUCUUGAUGGCACUGACAUGUAGGACAGGUUAAUGGGGGGUGGGAUGUAUGAGUCAUUGGCAGGCUUUAUUCAGAGAACACCAGCACCUUAUUUCAAAAACAGUGAGCUCCUUUAGCAUUGCUGAUCAGCUUAAUCAUUGCAGGGUAGAUCUCUCUACUGCAGCCUUUCCCAACCAGUGUGCCUCCAGAUGUUGGACCACAAUUCCCAUCUUUCCUGACCAUUGGCAAUGCUGGCUGAGGCUGAUGGGAGUUGUGGUCCAACAACAUCUGGAGGCACACUGGUUGGGAAAGGCUGCUCUAUUGUACUGAUCAGAAAAUUAAGAAGUUCAAACCUGGCCUCCUGCUCCACUUUUGACAUCAGCUUAAUGUGCCAGAAUCGGCAGCAGAAGCUUUUUCAGGCAUGGAGAUCAUGAACACAACCACCAGCUAGUGUCUGUAUGUUAAAUGUAAGAGCUACAGAGAACAAUUAAAAGCUGGCUUAUGCUAGCACAGGGAGUUAGCAACUCCAGGUGCAGGCACCGGUCUUUGGAGACAAGACAGGGAUGGGAAUCCCGCGGCCCUCUAGAUGUUGCUGGACUAUAAUUCCUAUCCUUCCUGUCCAUUGACCAUGCCAGGUGUGGCUGAUGGGAGUUGGAGGCCAACAACAGCUGGAACGCCACAGUUUCCUCAUCCCUGUACUAAGUCAUUCACAGUGCAACCCUACGCAUUCCAUGCACCCUUACUUAGAACACAGUGGGAUUUAAACAUGCAUUGGAGGGUUGUGCUGUCAGAGGCCUUGGUUUCUCCUAGGGCUGUGCGCUGGAUCCGGCUGAAUCCCAGAUCCCAAACCGAAGUGGGCUGAUUUGGCUUGACCUGGGACUGGGCCAGAUUGGCUCCAUCGGGAGCGAUGCAGAGCUGUGAGGAACAGGAAGGAAGGAGGGAGGGAGGGAGAAGGAAGCGUGCAGGCAGGCCAUGUGCAUCUGCUGUCUCUCGCCCCUUUCCCUCGGUAACCUGUAACAAUGCACAAUGUUGGGAAGCAGGUAAGCAAUGCUGUCCUGCCAGCUGGCUGCUGCUUCUCUGGCCCCCGCAAACCUCCAGACUGCAUGUGUAAUUAGGGUUUUACACCCUGAUUAAACUGUGCAAUUUUGGUUUCUGGCCCAGAUUGUCCCAUGUCGUAUUGGGUCCUUUCCGAAGCACCAAAUAGGGCCCCGAAUUGGGGGGAUGGAUGCAUGUACGCACAGUCCUAGUUUCUCCCUUUUAACGUUAGGACACUCCCUCCAAAAUAUGCAAGAUAAUAAAGAAAUAGGGUUGGAUCCAGUUAGGUUCUGCUCAGAGUACACCCACUGAAACUCAAGGUUGUCAUAUCCAUUUAUUUCAAUGUGUCUACUCUUGAGUAUUCCUCAUGUUGGAUGCAAUCCAUGGUUAUAGAUGGAGGUGAGUCAACACUGCCUAUGGAAAGGUGGCAAUAAAGCAUUUAUAAUAAAUACAGGCAACACACCUUAGUUCUUUUCUCCUGAUGCUGGGCAUGGAAUUUGGUUCAAUGCUUCAAGUUAAAUGCUUGGAAACAGGAGCCUUGUCAAAAUGGACAGUAUCGCAUGUUUGCUUUGGGCCAACGUCUGUUGGAAAUGAACUAUAUGACUAAAAAAAGUCAACUUCAAACUGUAACAUACACACUUAAUAGGUAGAAAGAUUGGUAUGGCGGUGGGGGGGGUGUUGGCUGAAAGAGAGAUGCCAGCAAUGAACAGCUGGAGAAUGAAAGGCAGAAGAAACUUACAGAAAUUGAGAUAGACACAAAUAUAUAUAGCUAAAACAGGUUUCUGUUCAAAUGUGUUUUACUGUAAAUAGUAUGUACCUUUUUUAAAUAAAAUGUUUUAUGUUGUAUCAUUUUAUAUUUUGAAAUUUUACUGGAAGGGGAAAAAAUAAGUUUGUGAAAGGUUUUUGUUUUUUCCUGAUAUGCAACCCAAGUUGAAAUUCAAGCUUUUUGGUGAUAAUAUUGUACAUUUCUUAAAAGUAUUUCUUAUGACACAUUUCAAUACAGCUGAGCGAUGACUAAUAACUGUACACUGAAACAUG